AUGGACAAAGAGCAAAAAAUCAUUCUUUUGGUUUUGUUAUUGCAAGGUGUUUGUUGUGGAGAUUGGAACAUCAGUCUGCCAGAGAAGAUUGAAGCUCUGAGUGGAUCCUGUGUGACCAUAAACUGCACAUUUACUAUUAAUAACACAUAUGACAAAGAUCUCACUGACAGUGCUGCAGGAGUGUGGUAUAAAGAUGGGCAUCAAGACAACAAUAUUGUGUUUAACUCCAGCAAGUCCAAUUUCUCUUUUAAAGGGAACAUAACUGGAAAGUUAAAAAGCAAGAACUGUACCACCAUCUUUUAUAUUGUUACUUCAAAUGACAAAGGCAAAUUUUACUUCAGGAUUGAGGGUAGUGGUGAACUGAAAUAUAUCUAUAAAGAAAAGUCUGUUUCAAUAGAUGUGAUUGACUCUCCCUCCAAACCAACAGUACAGAUGUUUAAGGAUCAGAUGGAGGUUGAGGUUCUGGAGGAGGUGUUAGAGGGGAGCUCUAUGUGUCUGCGCUGCUCUGCUAAGACUCUCUGCUCCUCUUCUCCACCAACUCUCACAUGGAGCUCCACUGACAGACUCCACCUCAAUGAGAACAGCAGACUACAGCUGGAUCACCAGAAACAAACUGAGAUCAUCUCUGAUCUGAACUUCACUGCUACUCACCUUCAACAUGGAGUCACUUUCAUCUGCACUAUAACCUACCAGCUACAGCAGAGGAUCACAACAGCACAGAACAACAUCACAUUAUGUGUUCAGUAUGCACCCAAAAUCUCUCUCUUCAGUUGUAACAGAACUGAUGUAACUGUGUGUUUGUGUGAGGCUCAUGGGAAUCCCUCUUCUAAAGUGGAGUGGUUUCUAUCUGGACGUCCUGUUAGUAACUCUACAAACACAUCCAUCAGUGAGGAGCGAUUGAGCAGCACAGACUUGAGGAGCUUCAUUUCUCUCCAUCAGUCACUUACACACACAGACACUCUGCAGUGUGUCACCAUCAACACUCAUGGCACUGCCAGUCAACAGACUCAACGGCUUCACUGUUCUCAUGAGACAAAUUGUCUGCAGAUUUUAAUUCCACUCCUGAUCAUCUUAACACUGAUUCUUAUCCUGUAUGCUCUGACUGUUGGAUUUGGACUUUACAGAAUUAGACAAUUGAGCAGCAAGCUGAAGGUUCACAAUGAUGCAGGCACAUAUGCUUCUCUUCAGCUCACUGCUCCAGUGUCUGAAUAUGAGACUUUGAAUAUUAAGAAAGAAUAA